AUGACGCUACAGCUGCAGGUACACGCACUUCAGAAAUAUAAGAGCAACUAUGAGCUGCUGUGUGGCCAGCUGAGCGAUCUCAAUACUCAGAUCGGCCUCCAGUUGCAGCGCCACGAGGCAGAUGUGUCCGCUUUGCAAGCUUCCAUUGCCGAUCUUGAGACGGAGAAAAUCGGUCUGGAAGCGGAAGUUUUGGAGGCACGACACGCACUCGCAAUGACAAGAGAUACAGCCAAACAAGACCGAGAAUACUCGGAGAAUAUCCACCGGCAGCUUAGCACAGCAGCGGAGCUGCUUAAAGCUACUGAAAAGCGGUUGGAGCAGCAGGAGCAACACUUUACGGCAGAAGUUGAGCGGCUGAAAACCCAACUUGCUGCUGGAGAUGACAAGCGCGCCGAGUAUCAGGCCAGAACUACUGCUCUGGAGGAGGAAAUUGAAACACUUCGAGGGCAGGAGAGAGUUGCCAAGGAGCAAGCGGUUUUGCGAAGGCGGCGUGAGAGAAGCAAGCACAAGAAGGAGGUGGCUGCACGUGCGGCAACGAUGCGAUCUUUAAGCGAUGAGCUGGAGGCGCAACGUUCGGCUUUGCGUGCGACGAAGAAACAACUUGGACAGGUGCAAGCAGACAACGACGCUCUUCGCAAGCAACUGACCAAUGUGAAGCGUGACGGAGCUCAUUUCUCUGACAUCAUCGACAGCCAACGUGCUGAGCAUGAAUCCUACACAGAUGAGCUCAUGCAGACCAAGAAGGCGAAGAAAUUACUAGCGAAACGUGUGACAGCGCUAUCUCAAGAGAUAGAGCAACUUCAGACCGAGCUUGCAGACGCCAGAGACGAACUUGUGCUCAAGAACAACGAAAUUGAGAUUGGUCGGGAUGAGAUCAAGACCCUACGCGAAGUGGAGCGUGAAAGAUGCACCAAAGCCAAGACGGAGGAGCAAGAACAACGAGUACGUCGAGACUCCAAGUACCGUACGGAGGUGCUGCGCAUGCGUGAGCUUCUUGAAGACAACCAACGGCAUGCUACCGAGUCAUCAAAAGGUGUCCAGAGCCUACGUCGAGAACUUCUGGGGGUUCAAAAGCUGCUGUAUGGCUGCGCACAAGCGCAAGAAGUCACACCUGAAGCAAUCGACCAAUGGGCUGAAGUGAUGCGAAACAGCGCCACAGCCGAAGAAGGUGUAAAGACACCACUACGCUGCAGACGCAACAAAAGUCAGGCUUUGUAA